AUGUGGCUUGCGUCCGUGUUGCUGGCGGCAGUCGCCGCAUGCUUGGGUCUGCCCGCAUCGACGCUCGCCUUUCCGCUCAACUACACCGUCUCGCAGCAGUGCACGCCCCUCAACGUCACCUGGAAGGCGGUCCCAGAGGCCUUUCCCUACACCGUCUGGAUCCUUGCCAACCAUGGCUUUGUACAGACCUACAGUAUCAACAGCGACUACCAGCCCGGCGCAGACCACAUCACCUUCCAGUACGUCGUCCCGCCACCCUCGGCCGGCUUCACCUCGUACACCGUCGCCGUCGGUGACUCUCGUGGCGAUGGCAACACCACCCAGACGCUGGGCAUAGCCACGCCCUCGGGUUCCUCGUCCAAUUGCGGCGCCUACACCGGCAGCUCCGCCUUCACCUACGCUGCCGAUCCCGCCAACGGAACCAUGAUCCAGUGCGGCGCUGUCAGAGUGUACAAUAUCGGCGACCGCGGCACUCGACCCUUCACCAUCAGCUUCGUGCCUCUGGGCGGCGCUCCCGUCUCGGUCCAGGUGCCCCAACUUUACACGCUCAACAUCUCGAGCUUCGUCUACCAGACGCUCGUCCCCUUUGCCCAGGGCACGCAGUUCCAAACGGUGGUCGGUGAUGCCUCGGGUCCCGGCAGCGGUGGCGCCUCCGAGAUCUUUACCGUCGGGCCCUCCACUUUCACACCGGCUUGCCUAGCUAGUGAGUAUCGGCUGCCAAACCAGCUCUCGACGCCUCUUCCGAUCGCGUCGACCGUUGCUAUGUUCAACAACCUGGGCGGAGCCAUCCCGACUGAUGCGCCUGAAAAGUCGUCGUCGGGACAUCCGACUGGCGCGAUUGCCGGAGGUGCGAUCGGAGGUGCGAUCGCGCUCGGUGCGGUCAUCGGCGUGCUGGUGGCGUUUCUGCUGUACCGCAAGAGGAAGAAGACGAAGCGUGAUGCAGCCCGCAGCGAGGAAAUUCGGUUUGUCGACCUCGACGGCGACGACGACGACGACAUUUGGGGAUCGGCAGAUCCAAGACGUGACGCAGCUCGUCGAGCUGGACGCUCAAACGACGGCGGCAGGCCUGCUGGACAGUCGUAUACCGUUUCGCCGUUUGUCUACGAUCCUCGGCACGAUGGCGCCUCAUCCGAGGGACGCUACGGCCAGAGCCUGGAGAUGACUUCGCCAUCGUCGGCCAAUCCGAGCUACGGCGAGCUUCUGAGUGCCGCUGGGCUCUCUUCUGCCGCGGCUUCGCCGAUGGACGACUAUCCGCCGCGCGCAGGCAAUGCUUCAAUCCACUCGCAUUCGAGCCAGAAUCCGUUCUCGUCGCGCGCCACGGGCAUCGAGCGCAGCGCAACGUCGGGAUCGGGUGGCGACGGCUCGCAUCCGUACGCGACGGGGGCUGGAAUGGGGAUCCACUCUGUGAGUUCGCUGCCGAGCAAAGCGCAAAUGUCGGCGCAACAGGAGCGCCGAGACAAUCGAGCGCAGCGUCGCGUGGUGCAGCAUUCGGAUGGCGGACCGCUUCCGCAGCCGUCGAGCGAUACCGAGGACGAAGAAGUAGUCGACGAGCUUCCGCCAGAGUACGGCGGCUGGCUUCAAAACAACGCCAACGCUAGCGGCUCGGGUGAUGCGCCUCCACCGACCAGCGCUGGUUCAGCGCGCGUAGCCGGCGACUAUGCAUAUGCGCCGCGCUGA